CCACCGUUUCCCUCAAGAAACGCACACCGUCUCUGUCUUCUCUCACGAGGUGCUUGUAUCUCUCUCCCCUGUAAUGUAAUAAUAACCCAACCCAAAAAAAAAAAAAAAGAACUUCCAUUGAACUGUUUGAAGAAAGCUUGGCUUCUCUGUCUUCUUCUUCUUCUUCUAACUUUCUAAGCUCAAAUCCUUCUCUCUCUUCUAUUCGUAUCGCUCUCUCUCUCUCUCUCUCUCUAUAGAGUAUUAAAUAUGUAAUGUAAUAAUGAGAGUAAAUACAGUUACGGUUCAUUAUCUUACAUCUCUCUGUUCAACUCCUUUUGUCAGGAGAAAACUUAAAGAGAUGAUUAUGAAGAAUUUGCUAUAAGAAGAAACCUAAAGAAACCCAUAUUAAAAAAAAAAAAAAAAGAGAGAAGUUUUUUUGUUAUUGGUAGAUCUAUUAUAUAUUUAUUCUUAUUUUCCUUUUGGGAUUUUAUUUUAAUCUUGUUCCUAAUUGAGAGAAAAAGAGAUGAACAAUCUGAGUUAUCUUGAACCAGAUUACUCUGAGUUUGUUGAAGUUGAUCCUACUGGAAGAUAUGGAAGAUAUAAUGAAGUUCUGGGUAAAGGAGCUUCAAAGACUGUUUACAGAGCAUUUGAUGAAUACGAAGGGAUAGAAGUAGCAUGGAACCAAGUGAAGCUUUACGAUUUCCUACAGAGCCCUGAGGAUCUUGAGAGGCUUUACUGUGAGAUUCAUCUCCUCAAGACUUUAAAACACAAGAACAUUAUGAAAUUCUAUACUUCCUGGGUGGAUACAGCCAAUCGAAACAUCAAUUUUGUUACUGAGUUGUUCACUUCUGGCACCUUGAGACAGUAUAGACUCAGGCAUAAGAGAGUAAACAUAAGAGCGAUGAAGCAUUGGUGUAGACAGAUCUUGAGAGGCUUACAUUAUCUUCACAGCCAUGAUCCUCCUGUGAUCCACAGGGAUCUCAAAUGUGACAACAUUUUCGUUAACGGGAAUCAAGGAGAGGUCAAGAUUGGAGAUCUCGGCCUCGCUGCCAUUUUAAGAAAGUCCCAUGCUGCUCACUGCGUUGGAACUCCUGAGUUCAUGGCACCUGAAGUUUACGAAGAAGCGUAUAACGAACUGGUAGAUAUAUACUCGUUCGGUAUGUGCAUUUUGGAGAUGGUCACGUUUGAUUACCCGUACAGCGAAUGUACUCACCCUGCUCAGAUCUACAAGAAAGUUAUGUCGGGCAAGAAACCGGAUGCAUUAUACAAGGUGAAAGACCCUGAAGUUAAAUGUUUUAUCGAGAAAUGCUUGGCCACUGUAUCCCUUAGAGUCUCUGCUCGUGAGUUACUAGAUGACCCUUUUCUUCGAAUAGACGAUGGUGAAUUUGACUUGAGAUCAGUUGAUAUGGAUGAUUCGGUCGGGCCACUUGUUAGGCAGCCGCAUCAUCUUCCUGACUACUACAACUACACGUCAAAUAGUAGCUCUUUGAACCGUCAGUACUCAAAUGGCAACUACACGUCAAAUAGUAGCUCUUUGAACCGUCAGUACUCAAAUGGUUAUAGUAGCCCCAACGAGUACCAGAACGGAUGGGCAUAUAAUCCAGCUGAGACAGAGGAGACUCACGGAAUCGAGCUCUUUGAGUGUCGAAACGAUGAUGAUCAAGAACAAGACAAGACAUCUGGUAAUGUUGAUAUUACCAUCAAAGGGAAGAGAAGAGAUGAUGGUGGCCUAUUCUUGCGUCUUAGGAUCGCCGACAAAGAAGGACGUGUCCGAAACAUUUACUUCCCAUUUGACAUCGAGACAGACACGGCACUGAGCGUUGCAACAGAGAUGGUAGCGGAACUAGAUAUGGAUGAUCACGGAGUCACAAAGAUCGCCAAUAUGAUUGAUGGUGAGAUAUCUUCUCUUGUGCCCAGGUGGAGACCGGGCCCUGAAUUCGAAGAAUGUCUUGCGGCUGCAGCGGCAGCAAAUGCUGCGAGCAUUUGCAACAACUGCGUGUCGAACCGCACCUCAAUGGGGUCGGUGAUGGAUUUCUUGAGGACCAAUCCUGGUGCGAAUGUGAUACAAUGUUGCAGAAAUGGGUGCGGAGAGACUCAUGGCCGGUUUGAAGAGAUCACGAUCAGAGAAACCGAGGUGCGUCUUAGAGAGCUAUGGAAGCUGCAGCAACAGCAGGAAAGCCGUGAGCUAAGCUCAAUAGACUCAGGGCAAAACCACUCCGAAGAAGAAGAAGAAGAGGAAGAAGAGGUAUAUGAAAACCCUGAAAACACGUUUUCUUGCGAGGCAGGUAACGGAAUAAUAAACCACUUUGGAUCCUUCUCGUUUAUACCUUCUAAAUACUGCGACGAGGAGGUAUACGAGAAAAGCGAAAAUCAGGUCCAACAAGAUUUGAGAUGGCUUAAAGCUAAAUGCCAGAUUGAACUGAGAGAUAUUCAAGAUGAGCAAUUACAAACCCGGUGGCCGGAAUCCGGAGAAGAGUCGGAGAUUUCUCCUUUGGGUUCGGUUUCAGGGUUGGAAGGAGAUAAGGUGAAAGAACAACAGAUGUAUGGAGGAAGAUUGGUACCAAAGUGUCUAAAAAGGACAACUUCACUUCCUAUUGAUGCCAUUGAUUCUUGAUUACUUAGUAGUGUUUUCUUCAUGUAUACAUAUAUAUCGUUUGCUAUUAUUAUAAAGUCUUUUACAUUGUAACAACACUCACCACACAAGUAUACUUAAAAAGAGAUCCAUCCACUUCAAAUUCUUUUGGGGUUGUUUGUACAAUAAUAAAUACCCUUCGAUC